AUGUACAGUCGGGAAAUUGUUGUAUAUGGAGUGCAGGGGGAGCGAGAGCGCACGUAUGGGUACACCACCUUACCUAUGACGGCGCUGCCAGGGUUCACUCAUCCUAGUUAUGUUCUGCCAAUGGCCUUUACUAGGAUUCAUUGGGUUCGACUAGUUCUCGACAAUGUCAAUGGGGUGACACCAAUGCCAUAUUUUAGACCACAAUGGACUCAUUUUCGGAAUAUGAGCACAAUUCCGCAUUGGGAUUUGUUAUACCAACAGGAGCAGGAAUUGUAUGCCAUCCUUGGAGGACAUUAUACACCCACUGACGAUGAAGAGAAUGAUUAA